CCAACAUCUCCUUUUUGAUCCCAGCGAUCUUUCUUGCGAGCAGCUCCAUCAUACCUCAAAUCUGGUUUCUCUCUUCCAUUAACCAACUGGAGGCUCCCGUAUUUCCAUUAAAUACCAAACGCUUCUGGAAAGCGAUCUUCUUUCAAACUUAGGACUAGCUCCAUAAUCAAGCACAACCGGCAGAAAGACAUCCAUCACUAGAUACAUACUCGAGAUUUUAUCUGACGAAACGCCGAUUAUCGGACUGAAAUCCCCCAAUAAGUUAUCUAUCUGUUCCCAGCAAAGCCGGCCUUGCUUUUUCUUUCUUCCAAUUUAAUACCAAAACCCAUUUCACCUAUCCUUAGCAGCCUGUCCCAGAUGACUACUUUCGGAGACCUACCCGUAGAGAUCCAUCGGCUGAUCGCCAACAGCUGCGGUGAUAUUGGACACGGUGCCUUGACCAAAUUUUCCUUACUGAAUCGAUACUUCCAAUCGCUUGCGCUACCCAUGAUGACAAGCUCGGCAACACUUGACCAUCUGAAGGAUGACGAUCGCAAACUGCAACUCUUCACACACCGCUUCGCGCCUCUCCAUCGAACCAAGCUUAUCACCCUCUCACUCGUUCUGGGCCGGUCCCAAAUCCCUGCGGCAUAUUCUCUCGACGACGGUCUUGAUGAGAUUUAUGCAAACAUCAUCUCUCUCUUACCACUGUUGAAGACUCUUCACGUGACCAUUAGCUCUGGAUCUGACAAGGGCGCGCUGGAGGAGGGCGACUUUUCAAUGACUCUGAAGGCAAUGCAAAGGCUUAAGCACCUGGAAGCGCUCACCAUCUGCCAAGACCAAGAAGAUUCCUCCUCGGCUUCCUCGACAUUUGUCACAGACAUGCUCUUCGAUCAUUUACCGCGCUUUAAAUGUUUACGAAAGCUGAAACUCGAGCGAAUGGACAUCGUCCUCCCAUCUAAUCUCACCGCCCAAUCUGACCAAUCAAUCCACCUGACCCAUCUGCAUCUCCAAUCCCUACGAAUCUUGAAGAAUCCCACCGCACACAUCCGGGGAGACCUCUUUACUGAAUUCAUCAAUUUCUUUUCUGAAAAUAUUGAAUCCCUGAACAUCAAAGAUAUCACACUUGACUUGCCAUCUCAACCUUGCCAAGUCGUCGCGCCCCGACUCUACAACCUAGGUCUCUCAUUUUCAUCCACUCGAUCCGGUGAUCUGGCCCAUAAAACGAAUGACGAAGAUUCUCUCGAACAACUCUAUCGGCAAGUUCUUGAGAACUUCUCCAGAAGUUCAAGUCUAGAAUCAAUCAACAUUUGCGAACCGGUCGGCUUGGCUCAAUAUAAACUGCUCCACAACCGUGGCGGCUUCCGGGACGUUUUUCAAACUAAGAUUGGCGGGAUUGCCUCCACAAAGCGUUGGGGGACAGAGAGGGAUAGAGCGGGAGAAACCAACCACAACGCGUGUCGAACUGAGUACAAUUCUCUCGACGCGUCGGUGGCUUGUGUUCUUCUUUAUGCGCCUCGUGUCAAGUGCCGGCGAGGUCAAGCACUAUGGCUAGGUUCCAGAGUCCGCAUCGUCCGAGCAGUCGCCCGCUGGACCUGCCCAAUCAGUCCGAGUCCGACUGUCCAAACACCUGGAUACACCCGGCUGAUCGCUGGCGUUAGCUGGAUGGUCCCAAUUCUUGUGACCGAUCAACAGAAUCCUGUACUUCGCCUGAGGUCGUUCAAAAAUAAAGGAAUUCACAAUGCAAUUCGCAAAGAUGGAUGAAUAUGAAUUACAUAAAUGAAAGCGCAUGAAGAUGUUGAUGAACAUAAGAAAAACGACGGGUUUAGCCUAUAAACUAUUUCUUUCCGUAGGUCUGCACUAUGCAGCUUGA